CAAACUCAAUGCCCGCAGCACGCAAAAGAAAGGCUGUCAACUAUGAUCAAGAAGCAUCAGACAGUGACUUUGUUGAACAAGAUACCUCAAAAAGGCAUAAAAAGUCAAAGAGAGAGCUGACGCCCGACACUGACGAAGCAGAUCUCCAAGACAGCGAUCAUGAACUUAUCUCUCUUCAUUCAUUCAACCCUGCCAAAAUAAAGAUACCACAACCCAAAGGAGGACCAUUUGCUGAUGCAUUAUCACCAGACACUCUCAUGUUCCUCGCAGAACUUGCCGAAAACAACGAUCGUGACUUUAUGAGAGUCAAAGCCAAAGAAUGGGAUAAGGCCAAGAGGGACUUUAUUGACUUUGUGGGCCUCUUGAUGAAGGAGAUCCACCAGGUCGAUCCUUCGGUCAGAAUGGAAAAUGCAGUCAAGGCAGUUUAUAGACAGCAUCGGGAUUUGCGUUUCACAAAUGACAAGCGACCUUACAAGUCCAACCUGUCUGCCUCAUUCUCUCGAACAGGCCGCAAAUUUUUGGACGCAGGGUACCAUUUAUCUGUCAAGCCGGGCAAUCAAACUUUCUUUGCAGCAGGUCUGUGGCAGCCAAACAAGAACAUGCUGGCAAAUUUACGAUCGAGUAUCAUUCGUAACGCUAGCCUAUUACGUGAAGCACUCUCGACAGAGGCAAUCAAAGACGUAUUUGAUGGAGCGACGGUAACAGAGAUUCUAAGUGAUGAAGAUAAAUUAAAAAUAGCACCGGCAAAUGUUGCAAAGGAUCAUCCUGAAAUCGAUUUACUGAGAUACAAGAGUUUUGUCGUAGUCAAGAACUUUACAGAUCAAGAAGUGAUCUCUGAAGGCUUUGUAGAAAAAGUAAUGGACGUUGCAGAAGCACUUGUUCCUUUUGUGACAGUUCUUAAUUCUUGGGUAUAAAACAAACUCAUUGCAAUGUAUAUAAAUC